UAGCAAACUGGCAUUGCUUGGUGCACUCACUUAGGUCAGUAAGUAACCAGUUAGUUUGUUCAUCCACUUAUUUAUUUCCCUGGGAGCUUCGCGUUGUUCAUCUCCGUCUAAUAUUCACCAUGGCCCCUAAGCAGAGAAUGAGAGUCCAGAGCGACAAGCACAGUCAGAACGUGGAGAAACGUGGAUUAGUUCCCAAAUCUCAGAGGCCUAAGGAGGAUAAGUCACCAGUCGGACCUUAUUUAUUGGCACUGUUUAUCUUCGUCGUCUGUGGCUCAGCCAUCUUCCAAAUUAUCCAGAGUAUUCGGAUGACCGAAUAAGGCUCCCGACGCUAUUGCAGUCGCUGGUCAUGCUGGUGCUGUCUUCGCUGUUGUCGUCUUCGUCCUUGUCCCACACCCAUUGAGCCCUGGUGGCAUCUACUUUCCCCCUGUCUGUCAGUCCUCGUGUACGUACGCUGCUGCUGUCAUCGUGCUAUCUCUCUCUGUUUUGUUUGCUGGUGCUGGUGAAGGGAGGAUGGGUGGUCGUCUCGCCAGGACUGUAAUAUUUCAGAAGUGUUUGCUAUUGCCAUCCUGUUCCAGAUUGCAGCUGAUUGCAGCUGAAAAUCACUAUUAGAGCUUUGUUAGAUUAUUUUCCGUUCAUUGCAUAGACCUGUAUCGAUAGUUGCUGCGGGGCCACAUAUUUCUUUUCAACCCCCUUCCUGCUUCGAAUUGAUCAUUCAUCAGUGCGUGUUUAUUCUGUUGUAAAUAGUUUCACCCUCACUUGCUGCAUAUCAAACUGCCCCAUGCUGAAAGAAAAUCAAAAUUUGAAACUGA